AUGGCAUAUCUUGGUCAAACCCUUGUGAUUUUAUUAGCUAUAAGCCUGUGCUGGGGUAAGUAUGAGAUCCUGAACAACCAAGCAUCUGAGAAUGUGUACCGAUCGGAUAAUCCUAAAGGACCGAUAGUCACUCCACAACCACAUUAUUUAAAAAAUCAGGAAAAACAUGUUAAGUUUCAUGAGUGAAAAGUUAAAUUUAAAUAUGAUAAUGAUAUGCUUGAUGAAAUUAUUGGGGUUUAUAAAGACAUUUCCUUCGGCAAAGGCUACUCUGAAAGAUGCACAGAGGCUAGUGGAGGAAAGGAUAUACAAGUAGAGAUCAAAUUUGAUUCAAAAGAUAAAACCUACCUUCCAAAAGGAUUUGAGUCUCAACAUGAGGCUUAUUCCUUACAUGUUGACGGGAAAGGGAAUACUAAAAUUGAAGCAAAGCAUUAUCCAGGGGUAGUUAGAGGUCUCGAUAGUUUUAGUCAACUUAUGACAAGGACUAAAGAAAAUGAAAGUGAAUACAUGAUGGAGUAUUUACCAAUCGAAAUCAAAGACGAGCCAUCUUACCCAUAUCGAGGAGUUAUGCUUGAUACAUCUAGAGAAUAUUUCUUCCCAGAAACCAUUAAGCAGAUUCUAGAUUCAAUGCUAAUUAGUAGACUUAAUGUCUUUCAUUGGCAUCUGAUGGAUGAUGAUAGCUUUCCACUAUAUUUAGAGUCUUAUCCUGACAUGACAAAUUAUACUGCAUUUUCGCCAGAAGAGAUCUACACUCCAAAAACGAUUAAAGACAUUGUCAAAUACGCUAAAGUUAGGGGAAUCAAGGUAAUUCCAGGAAUUAAUGGACCAGGCCAUGUAAAUAUUCUAGGAAAUUAUCCGAAGUUGAGUUCUAUUAUUUCUUGCUACCGCAAACCGGUUGUAAAUGGGCUUGCUUAUGGUAGUCCUCAUGGCGGAAUUAUUAAUCCUUUGGAAGAAGAUUCAUAUGAUUUUUACACAAACAUGAUGAAAGAUAUUCAUGCUUCCUUUGAAUGCGAGUAUUGUCAUAAUGGAGGAAUAGUACCGGAAUUCAACUGUUGGAACUCUUCUCAAGAAAUUCAAGAUUUCUUACACCAAGGAGGUUAUCAUCAAAAUGACCUAACUCAGAUCUUUUUCUCUAAACGAAAAGAGAAAGCUCAAGACUCUGCCGGUCAUCAAAUGACUAAUAUUUAUUGGUACCAAAGCAAUGGUAUUAAAUAUCAAGAAGAUGAUAUCCUACAGUACUGGGAAAUGGGAGGUAAAAUUGAUAGAGAAUUUGCAAAAUAUCCUAAGAAUAAGUUCAUUCUUAGCACUAGUGAAAUGAACAUAAAUUGCGGAUAUCUUACACCAUUUGGCCAAAAUUCACAGAUUUGCUUCAGCCCAAUGUCUCCAGAUAGCUAUGUUAGAUUCCCUUCUAUGUCUCAAGAGUCUAAGAAACAGGUUCUUGGUGUUGAAAUUUUGGCAUGGAAUCAGAUGAGUAAUGAAUUCGAUUUGCUCACCAAACUUAACCCUCAUAGUGGUGCUUCCUCUAUGAUUUUCUGGAACUCAGAUUAUGAACUAAAAGGAGGUUACAUGAAAGAACGCUUGAUGAGAUUGCAGUAUAGGCUCAAGAGAUACGGAAUUCCUACUUCCAAGGUAUCAAUGAGAUACUGCGAGGAGCACACACAUCAUUGCUUUGGAAUAUAAUCAAUUUCAAUAAAAAA